ACGAGUCCGCGCCCCGAGCUCAGCUGCUGUUCGGGCGGGACCCAGGCUGGACCGCGGGCCCCGGCCUGGGGGCCACAGCUGCCACCUCCGCCGCCACCUCAUCUCCUCCCCGUCCCCGUCCCGCCCCGCGUCUUCCCGCCGUAGUCGGGCCGGAGGCCGGGGUCCCUCCCCGCCGCCCCACCCUGCGCGGAUGCCGAAGGUGAAGGCGCUGCAAUGCGCCCUGGCGCUGGAGAUCCGCUCUGUAACUUGUCCAGGAGUGGUGCUGAAAGAUAAGGAGGACAUCUAUCUUAGUAUCUGUGUGUUUGGCCAAUACAAAAAGACACAAUGUGUCCCAGCCACUUUUCCCCUGGUCUUCAAUGCCAGAAUGGUGUUUGAAAAGGUGUUCCCGGAAGCAGUAGACCCUGGAGAUGUGGUUGCACAGCUUGAGUAUGAUACAGCAGUGUUUGAGUUGAUACAGCUAGUUCCACCAGUGGGAGAAACACUGUCUACCUAUGAUGAAAAUACACGAGAUUUCAUGUUCCCGGGUCCAAACCAAAUUUCUGGACACCAUGAUUCAAACCGCCAGGUUACCAUGAGGAGGAUUUCUGGCCUAAGAGGAAUUGCUCCAAAGCUGGAAUUUUCUACAACUUCAGUGAUCACCGAAUGUCUGAUAAGCUCAAGGAAGUGCCGCACUCAGGAUAAAUUUACUUACCAUUCAGCUCCAGUUGAAAAAUCCCACGGCAGACUGCAAUGCAGAACAUCAAGAUCACAGAAGAAAAAGUCCAAGUCACCCGAGAGGAGUAAAUACUGCAUAAACACCAAGAACUACGAACAGCCUACAAUUUCUUCAAAGUCACAUUCUCCAUCUCCCUACACAAAGAGACGAAUGUGUGAGCUCUCAGAAGACACCCGGCGGCGGCUGGCCCAUUUAAAUCUGGGACCCUAUGAAUUCAAAAAGGAAACAGAUAAGCCUCCAUUUGUGAUUAGACAUGUUGAUCCCCCAAGUCCCAGGACUGACAAUUUUUUUGGAUCACCUGGCAGAGACUGUGAACGAGAUGGAUGGGUCAGGAUGCACAGUGAUCAUCCUCAUCUUGGCUGCUGCAGAUCCAAGGACUACAAGGUUAUCAGGUCACCACAUGGGAGAGACUUCGAGGAUCCCUUUGAAAGGUGUGAAGAAUAUUUGAGCCCAAGGACAUGUAGCAAGCCCCAGCAUUCUGCAAGGACCUUACUAGUCCAUUCAGCACCUUCAACAACACCAAAGCAUUGUGCAAGCCCUGUGCUAAAUAGAGCCUCUCUCAGGGAAAGAUUCCACUCUGAUUGGUGUUCACCUCCAAAUUGCGAUGAGAUCCAUGACCGGGUAAAAGAUGUCUUGAAAUCACAUCAAGCUCAUGCAAGACAUUUAUGUGAAGAGAGAGACCCAGAGAAAGAAGACGAACUGGAACUGAAAAGAAGUCUUUUAUAUAGAGACUCAUCCUAUGACAGUGACCCUGAAUAUAGCUCCUUCCAGCGGCCGCGUGGCUCUUUCCAUUUGGAUGAUGGCGAAUGCUGGUCCAACAGAGCAGCCUCUUGUAAAGGGAAAUCCCACCGACCCGUCUUUGAGAACAGCAUGGACAAGAUGUACAGGAACUUAUACAAAAAAGCCUGUAGUUCUGUUUCUCAUACACAGGAAAGCUUCUGAGACCAUCUACCAUAAACUGUAUAAGCGUCCAUGUCAACUUCUCAAUGAAAGUGUUUGAUGUGAUCUGUAUUUGUAUGCCUUUCUUUAAAACAGAUGUUCACUGAGUAACAGACUUGAACCCAGCAUAUUUCAAGUGGUAAAUUAUCACAGUCAAGCCUUUAUUACAGAAGAAUGUGCUGUUUCCAAUGUCAAACCUCUACAAUAUAGUCACAACUUCCAAUUUGUGACAAGGCUAUCCUGCCACAUGUGCUCCUCUCACCACUGACAAACUGAAUAGGUUCUUUUUAGAAUGUUCUUUCAUUUUUAUUCACUUUUAACUUUCCACCUCCUUGGCUGGUUAUCUUAUCUGGGAAAUAUUUAAUUAAUAUCAGCUUCCUGUUCUCAGUAACGAGCAAAAAGAUGUUCUCUGCAGAAACAAAUUUUAAGAAUUUAAACCUGUUCUAACAAAUAUUAUUUCCUUUUUCCCCUUAGAAGAGGCUAUUGUAUUUCUUAGAUCCUGAAAGCUAGCUUUCUUUGUAAAGCUCACAUAUGCAUUCACUCCUUCUCUAGAAGACCAGCUGAGGUGCCUGAAUGACUAACGCUAGAUUCAUUCACAAGGAGAGACCAUGAAUUGACCCCAAUGUAGCUAAUAUUUUAGUGUUGAAUUAUUUGCAAUAUUUUCUUCUAGGAAAAUACACUUUGAUGCAAACAGAAUAAAUGAAGCAGCCUGUGUUAGUAAGCAUGUAGUAACUAAAAAUAAAUAAUUGGAAAUAAAAGAAUUAUAUUGUAACUUUACCUCUGGUAUUUUCAUAGGUAUCACAUGACCCAGGAAACUAGCAUCCACACUUUAAAAGGGGACCUGGAGGGAUGAAAAUAACUCAGUAGCUGUCUUUUAGUAAACACUCAUAAACUUAGUGAUGGAUUGAUAAAAUACAUGUUUCGUUUCCUACCUGUUUUCAUGAAGCCAGUUGCACUUUGAAAGGGCAAAGAAAUUGAUUAGUGUUGAACCAGAGUGAAGGGAGGUAAAGUGGAAAUAAGAGAAGUGAGGCUCUGCCGGAAGUCUGAGGAGCUGACUACAAGGCAGUGUUUUCUCCUUGACUCUACCACUUGUUAAUUCAACUUUUUUUUUUAUUUAAAAAGAAAAUAAAAACUUGGACUCACUCUUUGUUUAAAUCUGAGAUUAAAGUAUGACAUACCUUUAUGUUAUGUCAUAAUAUAACUCUUAAACAUGUCAAGGCAUCUCAGUCUGGCAAUCUGUACUAUAUCAAAAAAGAGCAUCAUGGGCAAGCACAUGCAUCUAGGCUUCCGUCUCACCUCUGCCCUUUCCUAGCUGAGUCUCUUGAAUUCUGUUCUUAGUUUCCCUAGCUGCUGUAGGAAGAAUGUAGAAUAGCUCCCAAACCAUGUCUUGUGGGUGAGAACCAAAAUUCUAUGAAAUGGGUAUAGGAACAUAGAUCUAUUUUAUUUCUCAUGUCUGCUUGCUACACACACACACACACACACACACACACACACACACACAUUGGGAAUAGAGGGUGCUGCAGAUGUGGGAACAGCACUUGUAAACUCACCCUUGGAAUAGGUUCCCACAUUUACAGGGAGCCUUAUAUGUUAGAAGCUUUAGUGCCCAUGGUGUGCUCUAGCAGAAAUUCGGAUGCUCAGUUGAUGUUCCUUAAUCAUUUAGUAAGUUAACUCAGCAUUUUCUAACCUAAGAACAUUUGUUAUAGCCAGCACUCCUUAGUCUGCUGUUCUGUACCACAUUUCCAAAUGCCAUUCUCAGAUGUGUUUGGACAUAGGCUAACAAAAUGUUGCAGUGUGUGAGCACUGAGUUCCCUGUCAUAGGUUAUAUUAUGAUUUGCACAACAUGUUUCUAAAGGUUAACAUGAAUAAUGAUCUUUUUAAAAUCCAUGUUGGGAGACUAGAGAGAUCAGUUGGUAGAGUGCUUGCCAUGUGAGCAGGAGGACAGAGUUGAGAUCCCUGGCAUGAUGCAAAAGCUGGGUGCAGCAGUGUUCCUCUAUAAUCCCAGUGCUGGGGAGGGAAGACCCCUCAAGCUCAUUGGCCAGGUAAUACAGCUGAAUCAGUAAGCUAUAGGUUCAAUGAAACACUGUGGCUCAAAAGCUAAGUUGGAUAGUAACUCAAGAAGAUACUUAAUGAAUGGUGGCUUCUGACCUUGACACAUAUGAACAAACACACACAGGCAUGAACAUAUACAAUCCAUAAUCUGAGUGGAAAUUGAUGUCUUUUACUUUAGGGAAAAAAGCUAAAACUUAAUUCAUUUAAAAUUAAUCUUUGGCUAAGCAUGGUGACACACACUUAUAAUCCCUGUACUUAGUAGACAGAAGCAGGAGGAUAGCUGUCAGUUCAAAGACAUCCUGGUCUAUAUUGUGAGUGUCAGGCCAUCCAGGCCUACACAGUGAUACUUUGUCUUAAACAUGAAAAAAAAAAGUUUGAUGAAAAGGAAAAAAUUCAUUUAAAAAUUUUUCUAUUUUAUUGAAAUACCCAAAUAAAUAAGCCCUUGCUGCCUUUGGGAUGACUAUUAGAUAUGAGGAGAACAGGCAAAGGUAAUGCUCCAAAGGAAGCUUGAGAAACUAGUGUUCUGGAAGGUGUUUGCUGUGAGAUGAAACUGGCAUCUCUAUGAAGGACAAGAGAAAAUUCCUAGGUAUGUAGCAUCUUUGAUGAUUGUCUGUCUGCCUGUCCCCAUUCCCUGGGGAAAAGAUGGUUCAUUAUUACAUGGCUAUGGGUUCUUAAGUUGUAUCAUGUUUUUAGAGGAAUGUCUUUAGGGACAGAUAGUAUUUUAUCAUUUAUAGAACUUUAAAAUAAUUAGGCUUAAUUUGAGGAAAAAUAGACUUUUUUGGUGAUCAAAUCUUUUUUAUUAUUGUAUUUAUUUAUACUUCAAAUGUUACCCCCUUCCCAGCCCUUUCUCUUUAAUGUAUUUUUUCCCAUUUAAAGUUAAAAGUGGAGAGGGGAGACAUAGGAAGAUCACUGUGUUUAAGGCUAGUCUAGGGAACAGAGUGAGAUCCUAUCUCAAAAAAACAUAACCCCAGGAAAUUUAGGAAAGAAAUUGUUAAAGUCAAUGAAGAAAUAAAAUUCCUGGUUAUAAUUUCAA